AACAUUGAGUGAACCGACCCUGGUUCACACGUGGGUUAUGUUACCGGCAGGAAAGAUCAAGAACGAUAUGUGUUACGCCUAGGUUACUCCCAUUUGGUUAAAUGGAAUGGAUGGUAUUUUGAAAUGAGUAUCAAGCGUGCUAUGACGAAAUGUUUUCAACUCACUUUGGCGAUUAUAAAACCUCAUGCAGUGAAAAUGCCUUCUGCUUUGCACAGCAUCCGGAGAAAAAUAAUAUCCAAUAACUUUUACGUCUUAAAUACAAAAGAAGUCAUGUUGGCCAAAGCAGAUGCAGAGAGAUUUUAUGGAGAACAUAAACAAAAAUUCUUUUACAAUAGAUUAGUAACUCUCAUGAGCAGGUGAUGAUAUUCUCUAAAAAUUAAUUCAUUUCUACAUUGAAUGUAGUCUUACGAGGUUAAUUUUACAGUGGGCCUUUGCAUGUACAUAUCUUAGCCAAAGAUAAUGCAAUUCAAAGCUGGCGGGAGCUGAUGGGGCCAACAAAAGUGUACAUGGCACAAUUCACACAACCUGCAACCAUUAGAGGAGAGCAUGGGCUGUCUGACACCCGUAAUGCUGUUCAUGGUUCGGAUUCUGAGACAUCUGCUGCUCGUGAGAUAGAUUUUUUCUUUCCUGGAUUUAACGUGGAUGGUUGGAAAGAAAGGGUAGCUAAAGUGGUCAGCAACGAAACUAUAAUGUUCGAUGAAGAUAGAUUUGUUCAUCGUUUCCCAACUUGAUUUACAAAAACCAAUUUACUAAUUGACAAUGUAGUACAUUUUGAUUUUCGCUGUUUUAUUGUAGUCAUCAGACACCAAAGGAAACAUCAGCAAUUUCAAUGCAUGUUAAAUUGGGAAGGUUGGUUGCAAAUGCAUUUAACUUGCACAAAGCUGUAUUUUAAAUGAACUUUUCAUUGCUUCACAAGUUACCAAAGAUCACAAUCUUAUGUAAGUACUCUUAUAAUAUUAGGUGCCCAGAAAUGGGCUCAAAUUUUACCCUAGGACAGAAAUGGCUUGUGCCAAUCAAACAGAUCUAUUUUUAUGAAUUAUUGUAACUGUAACUUACAGUCCAGUUUAAUGAUGUUAGUGUAUAAAAUGUUAAUUUGAUGGUUAAAGAUGAAAUCAAUGUAUUGUUAGUUUAUAAUCCUUUUAUUAGAAUGAAUAAGUUAAUUAGGUUAUCAAAAGUCCAUUUUUAAAGAAAUUAUAAUACGUUUUGACAUCUUCGUUACCUAGUUGAUAAUGAUUUUGCCUUUAGCAUGUUGCCUUGAAAUACUUCUAUUCCAUUUUGGAGUAGCAUAUGAAGUCAUAACUAUAAUUCUUAUACAAAUAACAUUGCCAGUAGUACUAAGUGCUUUGUUGAAUUAUUUGUAUAUAAGACAGUUAUGCAUUGUUUAUGCAAGUUAAGUUGUAGAGAUAAGUAAUUAUACAGAAGGUGUUUAUGUAUGAUUUUUAUUGCAAUACAGUAUUAGUUUUCUUGUACACUUAUUUGUGUACUAA